CUGAGAGCUCAGGCGGACACCACAUCUUCGGUCCAAACUUCUUCAAUAAAACCCAAAAGUGCAGAAUAAAUCAUAAAAAGUCUUAAUAAAAAGUGACCAGUGUCGAUCAUGGAUCGCGAUGAGGUCUCUACCACCACCACCAGCGAGGGCAAGUCCCAGGAGGAGGCUCCGCCGGCGGAAGGACUGGAGCCCACGCAACCCAUUAGUUUCCUGACCCUCUUCAGGUUCUCCACGUAUGGAGAGAUAGCCUGGCUCUUCUUUGGCUUCAUCAUGUGCUGCAUCAAGGCCUUGACCCUGCCUGCCGUGGUCAUCAUCUACAGCGAGUUCACCUCCAUGCUGGUGGAUCGAGCCAUGGUGUUUGGCAUUAGCUCCAAGGUUCAUGCUUUGCCGCUGUUUGGAGGCGGUAAAAGUCUGACCAAUGCCACUCGUGAGGAGAACAGCGAGGCCUUGUAUGACGACUCCAUUUCCUAUGGCAUUCUCCUGACCAUUGCCUCGGUGGUAAUGUUUAUUUCUGGAAUCUUUUCCGUGGACAUUUUCAAUGUGGUGGCCCUGCGUCAGGUCACCAGAAUGAGGAUAAUGCUCUUUAGCUCCGUGAUGCGUCAGGACAUAGGCUGGCAUGAUCUGGCCAGCAAGCAGAACUUUACCCAGAGCAUGGUGGACGAUGUGGAGAAGGUUCGCGAUGGCAUCUCCGAGAAAGUGGGUCACUUUGUUUACCUGGUAGUGGGCUUCAUCAUAACCGUGGCCAUUUCCUUUGCCUAUGGCUGGAAACUCACCCUGGCUGUGAGCUCCUACAUUCCUCUGGUGAUUCUGGUUAAUUACUAUGUGGCCAAGUACCAAGGCAAGUUGACUGCCCGCGAACAGGAGUCUUAUGCUGGAGCUGGCAACCUGGCCGAAGAGAUCCUGAGUGCCAUUCGCACUGUGGUGUCUUUUGGUGGCGAAAAAUCAGAAGUGGAACGUUAUGAGAAUUUCCUGGUUCCUGCCCGUAAGGCCAGUCAAUGGAAGGGAGCCUUCUCCGGGGUCAGUGAUGCUUUGUUAAAGUCCAUGCUGUAUCUGUCCUGCGCUGGAGCCUUUUGGUAUGGCGUCAAUCUCAUCAUAGACGAUCGUGGUGUGGAGGAUAAGGAGUAUACGCCAGCUAUUCUGAUGAUUGCCUUCUUUGGUAUCAUUGUCGGAGCAGAUAACAUAGCCAGAACGGCACCCUUCCUAGAGUCCUUUGCCACCGCCCGAGGCUGUGCCACCAAUCUCUUCAAGGUCAUUGAUCUCACCUCAAAGAUAGAUCCCCUCUCCACAGAUGGCAAGCUCUUGAACUAUGGUCUUCGCGGUGAUGUGGAAUUCCAAGAUGUGUUCUUCAGAUAUCCGUCGCGUCCAGAGAUUAUAGUUCACAGGGGCUUGAAUAUUAGGAUCAGAGCGGGUCAAACGGUGGCUUUGGUGGGUUCUUCGGGCUGCGGAAAAUCCACCUGUGUGCAGUUGCUCCAAAGGUUCUAUGAUCCUGUCUUUGGCGCUGUUCUACUGGAUGAUUUGGAUAUCAGGAAAUAUAAUAUUCAGUGGCUGAGAUCGAACAUUGCGGUGGUUGGCCAGGAACCAGUGUUAUUUUUGGGAACUAUAGCCCAAAAUAUCAGCUAUGGCAAGCCAGGAGCCACCCAGAAGGAGAUAGAAGCUGCGGCCACGCAAGCUGGAGCCCAUGAGUUCAUUACCAAUCUGCCAGAGAGCUAUCGCACCAUGAUCGGUGAGCGUGGUUCUCAACUAUCUGGAGGCCAGAAACAACGCAUUGCCAUUGCCCGCGCUCUUAUCCAGAACCCCAAGAUCCUCCUCCUCGACGAGGCCACCUCUGCUUUGGAUUACCAAUCGGAGAAGCAGGUCCAACAGGCUUUGGAUUUGGCCAGCAAGGGUCGCACUACGAUUGUGGUCUCACACAGACUCUCAGCCAUUCGGGGAGCGGACAAGAUCGUCUUUAUACACGAUGGCAAGGUGCUGGAGGAGGGCUCCCAUGAUGACCUGAUGGCCCUGGAAGGCGCCUACUACAACAUGGUUCAUGCCGGAGACAUCAAAAUGCCCGAGGAGGUGGAGAAGGAGGAGAACACGGAGCAGGAUGCAAAGCGCAAGAGCCUCGCUCUCUUUGAGAAAUCCUUUGAGACGAGUCCUUUGAACUUUGAGAAGGGCCAGAAGAUCAGUGUCCAGUUCGAUGAGCCAAUUGUUAAGCCUUUAGCCAAGGAUACCAAUGCCCAGAUGGUGGCCGAGGCAUCACCUCCCGUUGAGAAGCCCAACUUUUUCAGGACCUUCUCCAGAAUUCUGAAACUCGCUCGACCCGAGUGGUGCUAUCUUAUACUGGGCACCAUCAGUGCCAUUUGUGUAGGCUGUCUGUAUCCUGCAUUUGCCAUUAUUUUUGGUGAAUUCUAUGCUGCUCUCUCAGAGCAGGAUCCCGAGGAUGCUCUGCGUCGCACGGCUGUCCUUUCCUGGGCCUGUCUAGGCCUGGCUUUCUUGACAGGAUUGGUUUGCUUCUUGCAAACUUAUCUCUUCAAUUACGCUGGCAUUUGGCUGACUACCAGGAUGAGGGCCAUGACUUUUAAGGCCAUGGUGAGCCAGGAGGUGGGCUGGUUUGAUGACGAAAAUAACUCUGUGGGAGCUUUAUCUGCUCGUCUUUCGGGUGAGGCUGUGGGUGUCCAAGGCGCCAUUGGUUACCCACUGAGUGGCAUGAUCCAGGCCUUGUCCAACUUUAUAUCGAGUGUCACCGUGGCCAUGUACUACAACUGGAAGCUGGCUCUGUUGUGCCUAGCCAACUGUCCCAUUAUAGUGGGUUCAGUGAUCCUGGAAGCCAAGAUGAUGUCCACUGCCAUUGUGAGGGAGAAGCAGGUCAUCGAGGAGGCUUGCCGCAUAGCCACUGAGGCCAUUACCAACAUCAGGACGGUGGCUGGUCUUAGGAGAGAGGCUGAUGUCAUUCGGGAGUACACCGAGGAGAUCCAGCGAGUGGAGGUUCUCAUCCGCCAGAAGCUGAGGUGGCGAGGAGUCUUGAACUCCACCAUGCAGGCCUCGGCCUUCUUUGCCUAUGCAGUGGCUCUUUGCUAUGGUGGUGUCCUGGUGUCAGAGGGUCAGCUGCCCUUCCAGGAUAUUAUCAAGGUCUCUGAAACCCUGCUCUAUGGCUCCAUGAUGCUGGCCCAAUCUCUGGCCUUCACUCCAGCCUUCUCCGCCGCCUUGGUUGCUGGACAUAGGCUCUUCCAAAUCCUAGAUCGCAAGCCCAAGAUCACCUCCCCGAUGGGCACCAUCAAGAACACCCUGGCCAAGCAGUUGAAUCUCUUUGAGGGAGUUCGCUAUCGAGGCAUUCAGUUUAAAUAUCCCACAAGACCCGAUGCCCAGAUCUUAAAUGGUUUGGAUCUGGAGGUGCUAAAGGGUCAAACGGUGGCCCUGGUGGGUCAUUCGGGAUGCGGUAAGUCCACCUGUGUGCAGUUGCUGCAACGCUACUACGAUCCCGAUGAGGGAAGCAUUCACAUUGAUCACGACGAUAUCCAGCAUGAUCUGACCCUGGAGGGAGUGAGAACCCGCCUGGGCAUUGUCUCGCAGGAACCUACUCUCUUCGAGAGAUCCAUAGCAGAGAACAUAGCUUAUGGAGACAACAGGAGAUCAGUGCCCAUGGCAGAGAUCAUAGCAGCGGCCAAGAGUGCCAAUGCUCAUAGCUUCAUCAUCAGUCUGCCCAAUGGCUAUGAUACCCGGAUGGGAGCCCGAGGCACUCAACUCUCCGGAGGCCAGAAACAACGUAUUGCCAUUGCCCGGGCUCUGGUGCGAAAUCCCAAGAUUCUGCUGCUGGAUGAAGCCACCUCUGCUUUGGAUUUGCAGAGCGAACAGUUGGUCCAACAGGCUUUGGAUUCUGCCUGCUCGGGACGCACUUGCAUUGUGAUUGCCCAUCGCCUGUCCACCGUCCAGAAUGCGGAUGUAAUCUGCGUCAUCCAGAACGGCCAGGUGGUGGAGCAGGGCAAUCACAUGCAGCUGAUAUCCCAGGGAGGAAUCUAUGCGAAGCUACACAGGACCCAAAAGGAUCACUUAAUGCCAUCGCUCGGCGAUGACAACCCCGCGGAGACGGAGACCGAUCCAUCCUCUUCGCCGAAAAAGGACAAGACCAAGGAGAAGGCUCAGCCUAUGAUUAGCUACAAGGAACUCUUUCGAUAUACCGAUGGCUGGGAUUAUAUGUUGCUGCUUUCCGGUUUGGUGGCAGCUUUGCUACAGUCCCUGGUCUAUCCCAUUGCCAUUGUGGUCUACAGCGAACUGGUGGCCAUGUUUAUAGACAGGACCCUGGGACAGGGCACCAGUUCGGGUACCAUAGGAUUGCCACUCUUUGGCGGAGGAAAAAUACUCACAAAUGCCUCUUACGAGGAGAACAUGCAGGAGCUGCGCAAGGAUAGUGUAUCCUUUGGCAUCCUCAUGACCCUGAAUACUCUGCUGAUGCUCUUUUCUGGAAUGUACUAUGUGGAUGCCUUCAACAGGUUGGCCCUGAGACUCACUGUCAAGAUGCGCAGGGAGUUCUUCAAGGCCACCUUGAGGCAGGAGAUCGGCUGGCAUGAUAUGGCCAAGGAUCAGAAUUUCGCUGUGCGCAUUACAGAUAAUAUGGAGAAGGUGCGCAGUGGCAUAGCCGAGAAUCUGGGUCAUUAUGUGGAGAUUAUGUGCGAGGUCGUCAUUAGUGUGGUGCUGUCCUUUAUUUAUGGCUGGAAACUGGCUCUGGCAAUUGUGUUUUAUAUACCUUUGACAUUGGUUGUCAACUCAGUAGUGGCGCAUUACCAAGGCAAGCUCACCGCCAAAGAGCAGAGUUCCUAUGUCCGGGCCAGUUCGGUGGUGGAGGAGGUGAUCGGAGCCAUACGCACGGUGGUGGCCUUUGGCGGUGAACACACUGAAUCCGUGAGAUACGACACGCUCCUAAAACCCGCCCUGAAAGCAGGAAAAUGGAAGGGCGUCUUCUCAGGCCUCAGUGACACGGUAAUGAAGGCCAUGUUGUUCAUCACAGGAGCUGGGGCCUUCUGGUAUGGUGCCAAUCUGAUCCUGUACUACAGAGAUCCCAGCAUUCCAAUAAACGAGCGGGAAUACACCCCAGCGGUGGUGAUGAUCGUCAUUUCCGGCAUUAUAGUGAGUGCCAAUCAGAUCUCCAGGACAUCUCCCUUCCUUGAGACCUUCGCCAUGGCCAGGGGAUCGGCUUCGGCCAUCUUGGAGGUGAUAGAUCGCCGAUCGCUCAUUGAUCCCCUGUCCAAGGCUGGAAAAAUCCUGAACAUGGGCCUCAAGGGCACUGUCGAGUUUCGAGAUGUCUUCUUUCGCUAUCCCGCCCGGGAGGAUGUGAUUGUCCUAAGGGGUCUCAAUGUGGUGGUGGAGGAGGGUCAAACGGUGGCCUUGGUGGGUCCUUCGGGCUGUGGAAAGUCCACCUGCAUUCAGUUGCUGCAGCGCUUCUAUGACCCGGUCUUCGGUCAGGUUCUAUUGGAUGGCGAAGAUGUGCGGAAGUAUAACCUCAAUUGGUUGAGAUCGAACAUAGCUGUGGUGGGCCAGGAGCCAGUGCUCUUCCAGGGAACUAUCGGGGAGAAUAUCCGCCAUGGAAAGCCAGAGGCCACGCAGAAGGAAGUCGAGGACUCGGCCAAGGCAGCCAAUGCUCAUGAUUUUAUCAUAGCUUUACACAAGGGCUAUGAAACUGACAUCAGUGAGAAGGGCGUUCAAUUGUCUGGUGGACAACGCCAGCGUAUAGCCAUUGCCAGGGCUCUCAUCCAGCAGCCCAAGAUCCUGCUGCUGGACGAGGCCACCUCUGCCUUGGAUUAUCACUCUGAGAAGUUGGUCCAAGCCGCCCUGGACAAGGCCUGCAAGGGCAGGACCACCCUGGUGGUCUCCCAUCGCCUCUCCGCCAUCAGACAUGCCCACCGCAUUGUCUAUAUUGACAAUGGCAAGGCCGUGGAGCAGGGCAGCCAUGAGGAGCUAAUGAAGCUGGGUGGUUUCUAUCACAAAAUGGUCAACGUUCACUCUUACGAUGACUCUGCCGAGGAGUUACUCAACGAGCUGGAGGAGGUUGCCGAGGCCAAGGAGCGAAAGCUUUCCUACGAAGUGGAAGGUUUCCAUUUGGGCACCACCCGCAACUCCAUUGUUUCGCUGGAGAAGAAUGCCGAGUUCCAGAUGAAGAACAUUAAUGGCCUGGUCAAGCCCACCACCACGGUGGAGGAGGAGUUUGAGGAGAGUCCUCCUGGAAAUUAUUUACGCACCUUCUUCCGCAUUUUGGGUUGGGCGCGACCCGAGUGGAGUUUUCUCAUCAUUGGCGCCAUUUGUGCUGGAAUUUAUGGAGUGACCAUGCCGGUGUUCUCUAUCGUCUUGGCUGAGUUGUAUGGAUCGCUGGCCAAGCCCACGGAUGAAGAGGUACUCGACCAGAGCGCCUCCAUGGCCAUUAUUUCCUUGGUAAUAGGUGUGGCCGCGGGGGUGGUGUGCUUUAUUCAGACUUUCUUCUUUAAUCUCGCGGGAGUCUGGUUGACCAUGAGAAUGCGCUCCAAGACCUUCAGCUGCAUAAUGCACCAGGAGAUGGGCUGGUUUGAUCGCAAGGACAACAGCAUAGGAGCUCUUUCGGCCCGACUCUCGGGGGAUGCAGCCAGUGUCCAGGGCGCCAUAGGCUUUCCCCUGAGCAACAUCAUCCAGGCCUUCACCAACUUUAUCUGCAGUAUUUCCAUUGCCUUUCCCUAUUCCUGGGAACUGGCUCUAAUCUGCCUAAGCACCUCGCCCUUCAUGAUUGCCUCCAUAGUUUUCGAGGCGAGAUUUGGUGAGAAAUCUGCUUUGAAAGAGAAGGCGGUGCUGGAGGAGACCAGUCGCAUAGCCACUGAAACCAUAACCCAAAUAAGGACAGUGGCUGGACUCCGCAGGGAAGAGGCACUGAUUAAGAUUUAUGACCAAGAGGUGGAGCGUUAUCGAGUGCAGAUCUUAAACCGACUCAAAUGGCGGGGUCUGGUGAAUUCCCUGGGAAAGUCUUUGAUGUUUUUUGGCUAUGCGGUGACCCUGACUUAUGGAGGACACAUGUGUGCCGAUGGCAAUAUCAAAUUUGAGGCCAUUAUGAAGAUAUCCAACACUAUGCUUUAUGGCCUCUUUAUACUGGCCCAAUCCCUGGCCUUUACGCCCGCCUUCAAUGCUGCUCUUCUUUCAGCCAAUCGCAUGUACGAGAUCAUAGAUCGCAAGCCACAGAUCCAGUCUCCGGAAACCCUUGAGAUUCAACAGAAUGGCAAUGGAACUGCUGCCUACAAGACCAAUGUUGUCCAGCAGGGAGUCAGCUAUAGGGGACUGAACUUUGCCUAUCCUUCGCGGCCUCAUCUGAAGGUCCUGCAAAACUUUAAUCUGGACAUCACUCAGGGUCAGACAGUGGCCCUGGUGGGUGCCUCGGGUUCUGGUAAAUCCACCUGUGUGCAGCUGUUGAUGCGGUACUACGAUCCUGAUGAGGGGAAGAUACUCAUCGAUCAGGAGAGUAUCCACCAUGAUAUGGACCUGAAAACCCUGCGUCGUCGCCUGGGCAUUGUGUCCCAAGAACCUUCCCUCUUUGAGAAGAGCAUAGCGGAUAAUAUAGGCUAUGGUGACACCUCACGCAAGGUGCCCAUGCAGCAAAUCAUUGAAGCAGCCAAAAUGGCCAAUGCCCACGAGUUCAUCAUGUCCUUGCCAGCCCAAUAUGAGACGGUCUUGGGCUCCAAGGGAACCCAGCUGUCUGGGGGUCAGAAACAACGCAUAGCCAUUGCCAGGGCAAUGGUGAGGAAUCCCAAGAUCCUGUUGCUAGAUGAAGCCACCUCAGCGCUGGAUUUCCAAAGUGAAAGGGUGGUCCAACAAGCCCUGGACUCGGCAUGUUCAGGUCGCACUUGCAUUGUCAUAGCCCAUCGACUGUCCACCAUUCAGAAUGCCAAUGUGAUUUGUGUAGUUCAAGCCGGCAAGAUAAUGGAGCAGGGCACUCACUCGCAGCUGCUGGCCAAGAAUGGCAUUUACUCCAAGCUGUAUCGCAGCCAGACGAAGGCCUCCUAAGAUUCCAAGCCCAGAAAUAGGCAGUAAAUUUUAAAAUUUGUUAGCUAAUAGUUGAGACGCAAACCAAAACCACUCUGGCCAUAAGCAAUAAAAGUGUUAGGAGUAGACGAUAAAUAAAGAUAAAGCGAAUGAAUGAUUUAUUAA